AUGGCGUAUCGGAGAAGACAAGGGAUCACGAGAGCUUCCACAUUCAAGGAAGAUAUCUAUAAUCAACCACCUGAUCACGAUCACGGUGAUCUCAAAGGUCACUCCAAUGGUGGAUCCUUCAGAUCUUCUCAAUCGUUCUCUUCUCAUUCCUCCCUUGCUGCUCAAGCAAUCCGCGCUUCCUCUUCUCUUAACCCCGAUUCCAGUUCUCAGGUACGAGGAUUCACCGCUUAUGAGGAUAGGAACGAGAGUCGCGGAUUCUGGGGAAUUCUAGCACAGAAAGCGAAAUCAAUCCUCGAGGACGAAGAAGAGCAACAGCAGCAGCAACAAAACGUCGUCGUUUCCGAGACCUCGAAUAAUCCGACGAUACGCAAAAGCAUAGACAAAAUCACGACGUCGUUGAAUCAGAUCGGAGACAGUUUCGAGAAAGCAUUCGAGGAGGGCCGUACGAUCGUAGCUUCUCAGAUCAGGCGAAAAGGAUCCGAUCUAAUCGAUUCCGAGAGUAAUCAUCAAUCCUCUGGAUCAAACAGUCCAUGGCAACCAUUAACGCUACCAAACCCACACGAAUCUCAACUCAAAGCUUCUCGUGACGUAGCCAUGGCUACAGCAGCGAAAGCCAAGCUGCUCCUCCGGGAAUUGAAAACGGUUAAAGCCGAUUUAGCUUUCGCUAAAGAACGAUGCGCUCAAUUGGAAGAAGAAAACAAACGGUUAAGAGAUAACCGGGAUAAGGGAAACAACAAUCCAGCUGAUGAUGACCUAAUCAGGCUUCAGUUAGAGACAUUGCUUGCGGAGAAAGCGAGAUUAGCGCACGAAAACUCGAUCUACGCAAGAGAAAACAGAUUCUUGAGGGAAAUCGUUGAGUAUCAUCAAUUAACAAUGCAAGAUGUUGUUUACAUCGAUGAAGGCAUCGAAGAAGUUGCAGAGGUUAAUCCUUCCAUCACUAGAACGCUUUCGAUGGCUUCGUAUUCGGCUUCUGAAUUGCCGUCGGUCUCGCCUUCUCCUUCAUCUCCGGCUUCACCUUCUCGGCUUUCGGUUUCUACGGAUAUUUAUCCGAUUUUGGUUCAGCAGAGUUCGGCUAGUGAUGUUGCUGCUGCUGCUAAUAUGGUUGAGAGUCCUAAACCGGUUCGACCACCUUCUUUGGGAUACAUAGAUGAUGGUAAGAGACCAUCUUCACAGCUCUCUGUUUAG